CCCUUGAACGGACAGGCAGCCAUAUUGUCCGUGAGUUGUCAGUCAACGUGACAAAUACCAACUUACUUUUGCUUUUAUGAUACAUAAUUUACUCAUGUUUAUCUUAAUAUCUUCUUGAUCGUAAAUUUGUGUCAGGAUUUAUUUUAAGUGGAGUCUUCAACAACUGCCCAAUCCAAAAUAGUAAUUCAAGAUGCCGAAACAAAUGAACGUGCGGGUGACGACGAUGGAUGCCGAGUUGGAGUUUGCUAUCCAGCAAACAACAACAGGCAAACAGCUGUUUGAUCAAGUGGUGAAGACCAUCGGUCUGCGGGAGGUCUGGUUUUUUGGCCUUCAGUAUACAGACAGCAAGGGCGAUCUUACUUGGAUCAAGCUGUACAAGAAGGUGAUGAGCCAAGAUGUCAAGAAAGAGAACCCUCUUCAGUUCAAGUUCCGAGCCAAAUUCUACCCCGAGGACGUUGCUGAGGAACUGAUCCAGGACAUCACACUGCGUCUGUUUUACCUUCAGGUGAAGAACGCAAUUCUGUCAGACGAGAUAUAUUGCCCCCCAGAGACCUCUGUGCUGCUCGCCUCCUACGCAGUUCAGGCCAGGCAUGGCGACUACAACAAGAAUCUUCACAACUCUGGCUUCCUUGCCAAUGACCGACUAUUGCCACAGAGAGUGAUGGAUCAGCACAAGAUGUCUCGAGAGGAGUGGGAGCAGAGCAUCACCACCUGGUGGAACGAGCACCGCGGUAUGCUGCGAGAGGAUGCCAUGAUGGAGUAUCUCAAGAUUGCCCAGGACUUGGAGAUGUAUGGAGUCAAUUACUUUGAGAUCCGCAACAAGAAAGGCACGGAACUCUGGCUUGGUGUUGAUGCGCUGGGACUCAACAUCUAUGAGAAGGAUGACAAGCUGACACCGAAAAUCGGAUUCCCCUGGUCAGAAAUUCGCAACAUAUCUUUCAACGACAGGAAGUUCAUAAUCAAGCCAAUCGACAAGAAGGCUCCAGAUUUUGUGUUCUUCGCGCCACGUGUGCGCAUCAACAAGCGAAUCCUGGCACUGUGUAUGGGUAACCAUGAGCUGUAUAUGCGAAGGCGUAAACCUGAUACCAUCGAUGUACAACAAAUGAAGGCACAGGCCAGAGAGGAGAAACAAGCCAAGCAGCUGCAAAGAGAAAAGCUCCAGUUGGAAAUUGCUGCCAGGGAAAAAGCAGAAAAGAAACAGCAAGAAUAUGAAGAGAAGAUCAAGUCCAUGCAAGAUGACCUGGAGAAACGGCAACAGGAUUUGCAGGAGGCUAAGGAUAUGAUCUUACGGCUGGAGGAGCAGUUGAAGCAGCUCCAGGCAGCCAAAGAAGAGCUGGAGCAACGUCAGAAUGAGUUGCAGGCCAUGAUGGAGCGUCUGGAGGAGAGCAAGAAUAUGGAGGCUGCAGAGAGAGCCAAGCUAGAGGAAGAAAUCAGAGCCAAGCAAGAGGAGGUCAGCCACAUACAGAGUGUGGUGGUUGCCAAAGAUGAGGAGACAAGGCGGCUACAGGAUGAGGUAGAGGCGGCCCGCAAGAAGCAGUUGGAGGCGGACGCUAUGCUACUGGCUGCGACUACUACGCCACAACACCACCAUGUGGAGGAAAAUGAGCAGGAUGAGAAUGACGACGAGCUGCCCAAUGGUGACGUCAGCAAAGAGCUGUUGACGGACGAUAACAUUGUGGAUCCAGUGGAGGAGCGACGCACCCUAGCAGAACGCAACGAGCGUCUUCACGAUCAGCUCAAGAUGCUGAAGCAAGACUUGGCACAGUCACGUGACGAAACCAAGGAGACGGCCAUGGACAAGAUUCACAGAGAGAACGUACGUCAGGGACGUGACAAGUACAAGACGUUACGGGAGAUCCGUAAAGGCAACACCAAGCGACGAGUGGACCAAUUUGAGAAUAUGUAAACUACAGACUUUAAAUAUAUGUGUGAGCAAAUGCCUUGCUUCUCCUAACUGCUCGUCUGUUGUCAUCGUUGCUCCUUGCGAGAGAGUGGUAGUCAGUGAUAGGGCCGAACUUUACAAGGUAACAUUUCAUACGAAACAGAUUCUUCAAAUCAAGUCCUUCCAAUCGAAUUUAUCGGCAAAUGACGUCCUGUGUUGUGUGAUUGAAGUUUGUGACAGUCGUAUAUUUAGGGUUAAGUUUUUACUCUUUAGGUUACCUAACAGCGACCGAGUUUAGCAGCUUCUCAUUUGUUGGCAUAUUUACACCUUUAUAUAUUUAUUAUUACAGCUGCGCUGAACUCACUCGUUGUUGGGUAAUGUCUAGGUUAACGUGAUCUUUAACUGAAUACUUGUCACUUUUUAUAUGUCUCCCUUUUCGUUUCAAUCUUUUAUCAGUAUUGUCCUCUGGAAAGUUGUUGACUUCCCUAAAUUCACUUUGUAUUAUUUCAUUAGUAUUUUUUAAUAUCGUUAUAGCUAAGGGUUAUUACAUUCCGUAGAUUGUUGUUUACCUAUUGUUGGUAGUUAAGAGUCCCAGUUUAUUGCGCUUCCGAUGUUGUCAUUGUUUGUUUAUUAUUUAUAGCUCAAUAUUAACUACCAGUGUUAAGACUUUGUUAGGCCUGUAUGGUGCGGUGCGUUUGACAUCUUUUAUUUAUGUUUGUGUGAACACAUAUCUUUCAGAAUGGUGGCCUUUGCCCUACAAAGGGUGUAACUAUGUUAGAACUGUCCAAACUUUAGCAGCAUUAACUUUUUCAUUUUAUAUUAUUAGAAAUGGUAGUGUUUGCUUGAUUGGAUGAAAUUUGUGACAAGGUCAAACUGGUAUGAUAAAUUUCAGUUUGAUAGUCGUGUUCGAUGAUGUAGGAAAGCAUUUCCUAAAAGGAAUUGUUUUUAAAAUGUCUGGAUUUCUAAUAAUGUCAUUGUGUAAAUUAAUAAUGCAUCAAAUAAAUCAAUUAAUAAAGUUCCUUAUUUAGGGUUUUGAAAUGUGUUGAAGAUUUUAAAUAUAAUUUGAAAUAUUAUGCAAUAUUAAAUGUAGAAUACAGCAUAUAUUUUCUAAGAAUUAUUAAAUAUCGUGUAUAUGUAUUUUAGUAUCUUUAUAAGUAAAGUAUAUUUUGGUGGAUAGACAAACAUGGAUCGUUGGAAUGUUUUAUAAAAUUUUGUCUGGUUAAAAACCUGUUAGGAGACAAAUACUAUUUCAUCCAGGUAUGUACUUAUCUAAUUUGUAUAAAUUUACAAAUUUUCACUUUUGCAAAAUUGUCUAUAUUAGCUUAAAUUCUUUGAUUAGAAUCAUAUU